CACCGGGCCAGCAGACAGGACGACGGAUGUUCCACCACCACGACCACACGCCCCCGGCCGUUCGCAGACAACAAUGCGAUGGCCGCGGCCUGGCGACGACAACAAUGACAAGCCGACGAGCAACACCACGUCGUCUCAUCGUGCCCUCUCCUGGACCGAGCAGGCACACCCAGCCAACUGGUCAUGGCCGACCCUCAGGGACCCCGGCACGCUCCUCCCCACGCUUGUCUUCACCUUGACGACCAUCUCCGCAGUACGGCUAUAUAAGUCGUACUUGAGACGCAUACCGAGCGUGAAUCAUAUCAAGCCUGGUUAUUUCCGAAGUAAGAGUUUAUUUGGCAAAGUCACGAGUGUGGGCGAUGCGGAUAACUUUCGCAUGUUCCACACGCCGGGAGGACGGUUGGCCGGGUGGGGAUGGCUGCCGUGGAAGAGGGUGCCGACAAGUAAGGAGGCGCUGGCGGGGAAUACGAUCCAUAUCCGAAUCGCCGGUAUCGACGCCCCAGAGCUCGCCCAUUGGGGCCGAGAAGCCCAACCCUUCUCCAAAGAAGCCCUUGACUGGCUCACAGGCUAUAUCCUCAACCGGCGAGUGCGAGCUCGCAUAUUCCGCCGCGACCAAUACGACCGCGUCGUCGCGCAAGUGUACGUGCGGAGAUGGUUCUUGAAACGUGACGUGGGGCUCGAGAUGCUAAAGUGCGGCCUCGCAACUGUCUAUGAAGCAAAGACAGGGUCGGAGUAUGGGGAUUUCGAACAGCGGUAUCGGGAUGCGGAGGAGAAGGCGCGGGCGGAGAAGGUGGGGAUGUGGACGAAGCCGGGGCUUUUGGGGAGGUUGAGGGGGGAGAAGGAGAAGAAGGUGGAGAGUCCGAGGGAGUAUAAGAAUAGGCAUGCUGCGAUGGAGAGGCAGAAGAAGAGUUGAUUGUGCAUGUUUGGAGUUGGUUGGAUUUGUAUUUUGGGCGAUACGCAGCAGUAUAUACCCCAUCCCAAUUACGAUGACGAUACAAAGUUCAGCUUGUUAAGCACUUGGUUGUGCAUUAUUCUAUAUCAUCGUUACUAGGCUGGUUCAUGGAUAAGCGAAGCGUGGGAGAUGGUUGUUCAUCGGCACAGAUCGAUGACGGGAACGUACGGGGUUGUUCUAAAACGCACAUAGUCGGCUUACGUCUUUAUGCUUGAGUGGAAUUCAUCCCUUCCUACAGCAUCACUGCGUCGUCCUCUUCAUCAGUGGAGUCCCUGAUC